AUGAAGACAGCAGUUUUUGGUGGCAAUUCGGGAGAACCGAGUUCACCAUGUGGUGCUCCGCCAUCUCUUACUUUUACACCGUCCUCCACACUUGUUCCACCAUCCAGUCAUCACCAUCAUAAACGGAAUCAAAUUGGAGGUGGCGGUGGAAAUAGUGAAAGAGGAGGUGGAGAGAGAUCGAGUGGCGGGACUGCAACUGGACCAAGCGGACAAAGACCAUCACAUUCAUCGAGAAGAACAAGUCGAAUGCAUAAUGUUUCUGCUUUAGGGGUUAGUUUUUGA